AUGGCCCACACCGAGGGCACCAUUGAGACCCCAGCCCUGGGCCGCCCCUUCCAGCUGGGGAUGCUGUACGACUGCCGCACGGACACCCUGAUCCCAGCUUACCAAGAUGUAAAUUGUGGUCUUACUUUGUCAAAUGCCUUAGUGAAAUCUAAGAAGUUGGAGAUCUGUCCUGAAAUCAACAGGUGCAUAGAAAUUCCAAGCCAUCUUUACUCAGUCGAAAGCUUUUGCAGAUACUGGAGUUUUUGCAAAACAGGUAGAAGAGAACAAAUAUCCAGAGGAAAUGGUGUCUCUAUUGUCCCACAUCUGUGCAACUCGUCUAUCCAACUGCAGAUGUUUUGGAAGACGGUGUUCAAUUCAUGUCUCUGUUUUCUUCUGUUCCAUGCAGGGGUCACCCUUUGGGACUACAGUUCACUUCAGAAGGACCUGACCACCAAGCCUCAGCCCAAGACUGAAUCUGAAAUCAUUGCAUCUGACAGCAUAGAUGACAAGGCCUCUGCCCUGGACAUCUCAGCCUCCCUCAAGGCCAGUUUCCUGGGAGGGCUGGUUGAAGUGGGAGGGUCAGCCAAGUAUCUCCAUGACACCAAGAAGUCUGAGCAACAGGCCAGAGUCACCCUUCAGUACAAAACCACCACCAAGUAUGAACAGCUGACAAUGAGCCACCUGGGAAUCCAGAAUAUCUCUUACCCAGCCGUCUUUGAGCAGGGCACAGCCACCCACGUGGUGACCGCCAUCCUCUAUGGAGCCCAGGCCUUUUUUGUCUUUGACCGAGAAGUUUCUUCAACAGAGACGGUGAAAGAUAUUCAAGGAAGUCUCCACCUUACAAUCAUAAAGGAAAUAUCUAUCGGAGGAAAAGCAGAGGUCAAACUGAAUGAGGAGGAGGAAGCGAAUGCUCUGAGGUUUAGUUGCAAGUUCCACGGAGACUUUUCUUUGGAGAAAAAUCCAGUGACUUUCCAAGAUGCCAUUAAGGUUUAUGAAACUCUACCAAAAAUGUUAGGGGAACAUGGGGAGAAGGCUGUGCCUAUGAGGGUCUGGCUCUACCCACUGACCAAGUUGGACAGCAGAGCAGCUAAGAUGGUCCGGGAAAUCAGCCUAACAUUGAUCUUUGAUGCUGAAAAGAUCUUGGAGGAACUCAAUGAAAUCCAGAUGCAAAGCAACGAUCUAGCCAAGAAUCUCAUUGCUGAGACCUUCCCUGAGAUCAAGAGGAAGAUCCAGCAGUUUAAGGAUCUGUUAAAACAACACGGGCAGAUUUUCCAGAAACAGCUGGCCAGAGUGUUGCCUUCCAUCCGGGGAGGAGGGCAGGAGGAAGGGACCCUGGUGGACCUCUUGAUGUCCAUCAAACAGUCAUCCUUCAACAGCCAAAAACUCCAUGAAUUUCUGGACACCAAGAAAAGAGAAAUGAACUUUGUCAAAUCAUAUCUGACUAUUCUAGAUGAUAUGGAAGUGAUCUCAUCUCAGAACAACCUGGAAGAAAUAAUUCUGGACCCCAAGAAUGUAUAUGUGGCUUCUUUUAUAUUCACCUCUUUAUAUAAAAAGGAGGCAUUUCUAUUGAGCUUACAGGACUGGCUUCAGGAGCAAUUCUCGCAAGAAUCAGGUAAGCCCACAAGGUCCAUUCCUGGGCAGGAGGAAGACACGGCCUGGUUUGAGGACAAGGAGAGGACCCGUAAUGCUCGCCAAGCUGCCAAAUCCAUCAAAGACUUUUUCAACGUCAACCAAUCCAAGGAGAAUGUCCGCUUUGUUGUGUCCUCUCUCCCAGAUGCGGACACCCCAGGAGCCUCUAUAUACCUUUAUGAAGAUGGAGAGCUGGUCAGCAAGAACUUUGAGUUGCCCUCAAAACCUCUCCCUUUCCUGGUCGGUGAACUCAGACAUGACAGCAUUCAGCUGAAGUUUCAGCCAGCGGAAUAUGGAAAGGCUGCAAUCUCCAGCUAUCUGGUAGAGUACAAGGUUGCAGGGGAAGAAAAACGGAAGACCGUGAGGACAGAGGACACCAGGGAGAUGUUCCUGCUGAAAGAUCUGCCUCCAAACACAGAAUACCAGUUCAAGUACACUGCUUGUUGCAAGGUAGGCCUUAGUAAAUCCAGUGACCUGAGCCCACCCAUAAAGACCCUUCCCACCAGCCCUCCUGAGAAAUUGAGAAUGGUCACUGCAGCAUCUUCUGUCAUCUCUGUGGCCUGGAUGAGUCCCAGCAUUGUUGCCUCAGGAGUUGUGGUCAAGGAGUACAAGGUGGAGUACAGAACGGUGGAGGCUGCAGCUGGGAAGAACCAAUGGACUGAAAAAAGGACUGGGAGAAAAACAGAAUUUUACCCUAUUGAAGGUUUGCAGCCCCAGACAGCAUUCAGGAUACGGGUGUGUGCCGUGUGUGACAAUGGAGCUCUGAGUGUCCCCAGUGAGGAGGUGGAGGUCUCCACAUCAUUGGAGGAAGAAGAUGCAGAGAACAUAGCUUGCCAGUUCCUUCAGAAAAGCUCCCUCGUGGAGGAAAAACAGCCAUUAGUGUUCGCCCUUCCUCUGGAGAAAGUCUCAUCAGAUGCCUCCACUUCCUGUCUCAUGUACCAGCUUGGAAAGGAGAACCCGGAAGUGCCCAACAAAGUGAUCCUGGUGAUGGGAGCAUCAGGGAGUGGGAAAACCACUCUGAUCAAUGGGAUGAUCAAUUAUAUUCUGGGUGUCCAGUGGGAAGAUAAUUUCAGAUUCAAACUCAUUCAUGAAACCAUUCAGAGAAGCAAAGCUGGAAGCAGGACGUCUGAAGUCACAGCCUACGUGGUGAACCAUCAGAAGGGCUUCCGAAUUCCCUAUUCUCUCACAAUCAUUGACACUCCAGGAUUUGGAGGCCCAAGAGACGCAGAGCAAGACAACCUGGUUGAGAAGAAGAUCCUGGAGUUUUUCUCCACCCCAGGGGUCAAUGACCAUAUUGAUGCCAUCUGCUUGGUGGCCCAGGCCUUCCUUGCCCCUCCAACCCAUGCCCAGAAAUGCAUCUUUGAUUAUAUGCUCUCCAUGUUGGGAAAAGACAUGAAGGAUAAUGUACAACUCCUUAUCACCUUUUCAGAUGGGGGGACCCCACCUGUCCUGGAGGCCCUCAAGGAGGCUGACUUGCCAUGUGCUCAGGAUGAGUCAGGAAUCUCUCUGCACUUCAGAUUCAACCAUUCAGCCCUCUUUGUUCAUGAAAAAUAUGGAGGAAUCUGUAAUGUUGCUUCUGAAAUGUUCUGGAAAAUGAGCACUGAGAGCAUGAAGGAUUUUUUUGACUCAUUAAAGAUGCUGGAAACCAAAAGUUUAACCCUGAUCAUGGAGAGCCUCAAGAAACGACAGGAGCUGAAAGCUGCUCUUAGAAGACCUCCCUCUCUUAAGGUUGACCCAGUCCAACCAAAAUGUUUUCUGAUCACUAUUGAUUCAGAAACCAUUCAGAAGGAUUCAGUCUCCAGGUACCUGGUGGAAUAUUGAUUUUUAGGAGUGGAGAAUUGGAAAAGAAUCCAUAUGAAAGAUCCUAAGGAUCAAUUCACCCUGAAAAAUGUCAACCUAAAUCGUCUGUACCAAUUCCGAUGUGCAGCUGUGACUCAAGAAGGGCUCGGUCCAUGGAGUGAGGUGAUCUCUUGCAUCUGUCCUACAGGAAGGCCUGCUGAGGUAACU